GUACUAGAGCGACGAGAAAUUAUUGCGCGGAAGAGAACUACGAUGAUGAAAACGGCGCCUGUAUAAGUUCUAGUUCCGGCGGCCAAGUAGAAGGACCAGCGGAUGAUAAUUUGCUACUCGGACCACGAACAAAAGGCGCAGGUGCACCAGCAGCCGAUCCAGCACUGCAAGAGUCUGGCAGUGCACCACCACCAGGGGCGGACCACGACAGUACAGGACGACCGGCCCCCGCUACAACAAGAACUACUACGGCAAGCACUAUCCGCCCACCAGCCCCGGUUGCAGCCGCCGCCGGGAAAAUACUAACGAAGAUCCGAUUUGAUAAAAAACGCCGGCGGUUCGUUCGGGUGCACGGGUGCCUCCAAAGGCAGCAGAAGCAGACAAAAAAGGAG